UUCGUAAUUCAUUAUAUCAUUUUUUUAACUUCUUUUAAGAACUUGUCCCCUUCUCGCUUAUUCCUAUUUUUCUCAAUUCAAACUAAAUUGGAUAUACAUUUAUCGGCCGCACACACAUGCUCUCUUAUCGCUUGAAUAUAUCGAUUAUAUUUUAAAGAAAAAUGGAAUUCGAUAAAUCGAUUUGACAACUCGUCAACAGAUCGUACGAAGUAGUUCAGUAUUGCCCGAAAUUUCUACGAGCUACCACGAAUUUCCGCGUAUCAUGCCGGAGGAACGAAAAACGAGGAAGCCAGGUCUAAUAAGGAUUUCAACUGAUUGCUCGAAGACGAUGUCUGUUUUCUACUACGAACUUAAUUCUCCCGCUACGAAAUUCAUCUUCAACGAAUUAAGGACUGUCCUGCGGUUCGGAGCUGCUGAUAACAAAACCGGAGUCGCGCUCGAUGCACGGCUGAAUUUGAGGUUAGAUGAUUGUCCGGGUGUGCGGUGAGCUCGAUAACGGCCGCACUGCAACCUCGCUGUCUCGUAGCAACACGAUCCGGCAACCCUGUACCGGUUGGCAGUGCCGGGGUUGAAUUUCAAGCGCCCGAGGGACAGAGGGGAUCAGGCCUCUCUCUUUUGUAUAGGGGGCACGAGGGCUUCGCCGAUGCUCGGCACAUAACGAACUUGAUGCUCAAGUUAUGAGAACGAACGACGGACGAGGAUUAAAAUUCCAAGAAGAGGACAUCCCAUUAAAUUAGAAAUAUAUUUCUAGUUUUCAUAAUUUUCGCUGACUCGUUAACGCUAGGAUGGCAGUUCGCGAUGUUUAAAGUUUCGAAAAAUUCCCGGAGCAGCGGUGCGGCCGGUGCGCGGUGUGGCGUGUGUCGUAUACAUACAGCAACGUACACGAUGAUCCAGCAGGAUGUGUUAGAGCGCAAGCGGUGUGUGCCAGCCGUGGUACGCGGCACCAGUGGCGCGCCUCUACCUCUACCCCAGCUUUAGCAUCGAUUUCCAGUCGGACGACCCAGCGCGAUCGAGCGAACGGUACGCGCCUUCACGAGGAGGUAUCGAGCCGAGCGCGUCCGCCGCUCGUGGGAGUCCACGAACAGGGAUCGCGCGAGGAAUAAUAUGGGCUACGUUUUAGGUGUUAGGAAAGUUAGAUCAGGAAUAAAUGGGGAACAAAGAGAAUUUGAAAGAUAAAGAGAAUGGGAGAGACAGAAUGAGCGAGUGGGAGCGGAUCUUGCCGUAGAGGGGAUAUAGGGUCGAACGGUUUGGCGGUAGCAUAGAGUCCCAAGGGGCGUAGAGGAAAAGGGGACAGCGAGCGAAGGCGCUGCCCUCAGCCGGCCCGCCGUUUCACUACAGUCAGCAUACACAGAGAGAGCGAGCGAUUGGACUCUAUACGUGGUCUUCGCCUAAGCGCGCACUAUACUCGGUGUGUUCCCGUUUUUCGGAGUGAAGGCUUCGAGCUUCGUUCUGCCCGCUCUUUCGCUUGCUCGCUCGCCCGCUGCUGACAUGAGUGAGUGAGUGCGCGCGCGCACUUACACGCGCUCAUCCGAACAGAGAGGCAGAGACACGAAGUGUUCGAGGAGUCCGUGCAGAGACAGGCGCGCGUACACAGCCAUCGAACGUGGUGAUUCGUACGGAGGCGGACGUGCGAUAGAGCUAAAACCGAGGCCUUUUCUCGCGAGGGAGAAAAAUAAAGAAAAGGACAGUUGGUUGGUCUCGGUUUCUUGUUCGAUCCUCGUCAUCAACGUCAUCGUCGCCGUCGAUGAGACCGUCAACGAGAUAUCAUCGACGCUUCAGCGUGAAGUUUUCCUGCCCGACGCAGAGGUAUACGAACGGUUACAUGGAAACAGUCGGUGCGGCGAAUCCUGACUUUAACGAACGAGUGGAUCAGAGACGAUCGUGAGUAAAUAGAGCGAAAACGGGGGUACGUACCCUUUUGCGGAACGCGCGUGUAUAGUCUCGCGGCGAGCGAUCGAAGUACGCGAGAACCAUCGUCGUGUGUAUUCUCGGAGAGAAAGAGGGAGAGACAGACAGACGGAGCGGGCGCGAGAGAGAGAGAGAGAGAGGCAGAGGUCCUUCGUAGAUCGGUGCAUACGUGCGUGUACGAGUCUGGUAAAGAGGUGGGGGAGAGGCAGUCCCAUACUUCGCGGACAUCCGGCGGGGAAUCCGCAUGCAUUCGUACCAAGCUCUCUGAGCGAGCGAGGGAAAAAAGAAGGAAGGCUCUGGCGCCGAGGGAAACACGACUGCUCUCGAGAGCUCGUCAACGAGACUUUAGAGGAGAAAGGAGACUGCUCUGUUCCGACAGUCUCACGUAUAUUUUGCAUGUUCUCCUUUUCGCAGCAAUCGGUUCGCUACAUCAUUCCUGUAAACAAAUCGGCUGUAUAGUUUCCCCGAUCGUCUCGUAUCGUUGAUCCUCGCGUGUGGCUGCCCGCACGCAACGGUUAAAAUUUUCGGUACAAAUAACAAGGGUAGUUUGUUUGUGUGCGUGGACAGUGGUGGAAGGACGUAACGAGAGAGCGAGAGAGAGAACUCAAGGGGAAAAGAGAAAAGUCAGAAACACGCCGAGCAGUGCUGCUCCCUAUUGGCGACGAUCGAGUCGCGCUCCCCACCCGGGACAGUCGAACGAGGUCCGAAGGCGAGUUCUCGGCGUGUAACUACGGUGAUUUUCCCUUACGAGAGUGUACGCACGAGACCUCCGUAGCUCUGCAUCACAUCACCAUACCGCGUAAACACGUCUCUUUCGUGCGUACAACCAAUAUCAGCUGUAAUAUCGAGCGUGGGAAAACGUUGCGUCCUGGGAAAACGUGAAGAAAUAUCUUUCGUGGAAAUUGAGGAACACACCAGCCAGAGGGAGAGAACCAGAGACGGAAAGAGCGAGAGAGAACGAGAACACUGGUAGUGAACUGUUCGCGUUUACCACCGCGUGCUGUCGUCGAUAAUUCUCUCUCCGAUUGACUCCGUGUGUACCGCUGAUCGACGAACGCGUCCCACGCGUGUGUCGCGUAUCACCGCCGCCGGUGAAACCGAGAGAAUUCGAACGAGUCAGAGGGUAAAAUAGGAUUUCUCGCGUGGUCGGUCCUCUCCCGAGGCGCGCGCGCGGAGAGGGGUGCGCGCACGGAUCGGAGUGAGAGAGGGAGAAUAAAGUAAAGAGGAGCGAGACGCACUGCUUGGACGUGGACAGAGGAGAAAGAGUCCAAGGAGAAGAAGGAUAGAGACUUUACGGGGAGCGACGAGGACGUGUAUAGUGCACCGAGGCGCCCGUGUCGCGCCCUGACGGCCGUUGGUCGAAGCUCAGUUAUCACAAUGGCUUCCGUGAAAGACACAGCGACUUUCUUCGCGGAGGGCACAGCAAGUCAGUUCGAACACGUACUGAAGCUUUAUCCGCAGGCGCUCAGACUGAAGGCCGAUCGGAAGACGAAAAAACCCGAAGAGCUGAUCAAGUUGGACAACUGGUAUCAGAAUGAGCUUCCGAAGAAGAUCAAGUCGCGCGGCAAGGACGCGCAUCUCAAUCACGAGGAAUUGGUGCAAACGAUGAAAUGGAAACAAACACGUGGGAAGUUUUAUCCACAACUGUCAUAUUUAGUAAAAGUGAACACACCGCGCGCCGUGAUGGCGGAAACGAGAAAGGCAUUCAAAAAACUUCCGAAUCUUGAACAAGCUAUUACCGCCCUGUCGAAUUUGAAAGGAGUAGGCACCACGAUGGCGUCGGCCCUAUUGGCAGCCGCAUCACCGGAGAAUGCACCCUUCAUGGCAGAUGAAUGUUUGAUGGCAAUACCACAAAUCGAGGGCAUCGAUUAUACCACGAAGGAGUACCUUAACUUUGUCCAGCACAUUCAAAAUACCGUCGAGAGGCUGAACAAACAAACGUCGAACGGCAAAUCAUGGAGCCCGCAUAGGGUGGAACUCGCCUUGUGGACCCACUAUGUCGCGUCCGAGCUGAAACCAGAGCUGCUCGACGGGAUCCCGGCCUCGACGGAGAACGGUAAUUCUCAUCCGCCCAGCAACGGCGAGGCGACGGAGCCGUCGGACGACAGCAAUCAGGAAGCGACGGUGAACGGUAAGGGUGAACCGGGUAGUAUUGAUCCGGCGGCCAUCGAUGAGAACAGCAUGACCACGUGCUUCACCGAGGACUCGCCGAUUACAGCGGCGGUUGUCAACGAGGAUACGAAUGACUCGCUCGUGACGAACGAUAACGACGACAGCAACAACACGCCACGACCCACCGAUAGCGAGGAUACCGAGGACUCGCAGGACGCGCAGGAGCCGCCCAGCAAGAAAAGCAAGAAGUGACCCACCGCUAGACAGGGAACUACGAAUACGAGCAACAACAACAACAACGUCAGCACCCUCGUGUCGGCCGCCAAUCUAACGCUGAUCGCGACGAGGCGCCUCUAAAAACAACACCGUCAAAGGGGUCACCGAGAUCAGGAUCGCGGAUAGUAGACCACAGUAGCCUACCAUCGUCGCACCAUCGUCGAUCGUUUUUUCAUGACUCUCCUCCAGUCCCACUCUCUCACACUUCCUUUUUUAUCUUUUUUUCAAUUAUUUAUCCUUGAGCUUCGUCACAUUCUUCGACGCCUUUCCCGCUCCUAUAUCACCCCCCUCCUAAAGAUUGUCCCCGAGACUUAGUGUAAAAUAGUGUUUCACGGAAGUGGAAGUUGUGUGAAAGCAUUGGAUGGUUUUUAGAAUUUUAUCGGGCAUUCUCGAUCGGAGGCAGAAAAAAGAGGUAAAGCUCGACCGAUAUUUCUAAUACUUCUUUUUUCAUUCUUUUCAUUUUCUUUCUCUACGUGGGCGUAUUGGCUAAUUCGUUGAUCAACUUCUUGAGAGUAACAAUAUACUCUUCUAGUUCAGGUUCGCGUAGGUUUUUAUACGAUGUGAUAAUACUAGUGUAGCCAUGUUUUUCUUAAGAUUCGACAGGGGAAACCUCGAGCUGGCGGAGCUUCCUCAAUUUUUCUGCCGCGUGCCGUGGUUUAGAAAAAUGGACAUUUUUCUACGAUCGGAGCGGCCUUUCGAACCCUUGCUGCUUGUUACACGAAAUAACAAAAUGAAAUACAAAAACGAAUACAGAAAAGACAUCAUUCCUUUUUACCAGUCAUCCAUACCAGCGUUUAAGGCCACGGGAAAAAUGAAGGGCGACACGUCGUCGUGUUUCUUCUUUUUAAAAAAAAAAGAGAAUUCGCGAGUGUGUAUAGUGAAUGAGAGUGACGUUACGCAGAAAGAGAGUGAGAGAGACGGAGAGAAAAUGUAUAAAAAAAAUCGAGUGUGAGAGAUGAAUUGAGUAACUGAUUCCGUGACCAACAAGAAAAGUAUAAGGAAAAACGAAAAAAGCGACGAGACACACCGGAAACACAAUGAUAAUAUUAAUAUUAAUAAUAAUAAUUAUUAUAAUUAUAAUACCGAAUCAUUACCAUAAUUUAUAUACCUAAACGAAACUGCAUGCCAGAGUGAUGCAUGGAGCAAACCAAAUACCUUGUAAGUAAAAAGAAACUUUAGAAACAAAUAAAAGUAACGCUUUUUUGAGUCCACCAACAAAAAAAGGAGGAAAAACAAAAACGAAUAUGAAGUGGCAUUGUGUGGCGGCGGACCUGCGCACAUAUACAUACAUACGUAUUAUACGUAUGGGGCGACUCAUGCAGAGGACGGUAACACACCCGAAAUAUACAGAGCACACCGCGAACAGACACAGCAAAAGUUUUUCAUGUACAGGGAUUUAACUAGUAUUUUUGCAUUAUUAAUUAUCGAGGAAGAACAGAGACGGAGAAGAGUAAACGUGAGAUAGAAAAUAAAUGACAAUUAACGAAUAUGAUAAUGAACCGUUGGCAAACGAAUAAGAAGCAAAAAAAAAAUGAUUUCACGAGAUAAUAGAGGUAUAACGAUGAUCUUAAAAAACCGAUAUAUACAUAUAUAUAUAUAUAUAGAAAAAGAGCAAGGAAGAGAGAGAGUAUGUGAGCGUUGACGAACGAGUGUGUCCAACGAUUGCGAGAGAGAGAAAUAAAUAAAACAAACCAUUAUAGCUUGAUCAAGAACGUUCAUUCAAAUUUUAUAAAUAUACAUAUUAUAUAUAUAUUUGUAAUUUAGAACAGUGCUGCCAGGCUGCUCUAGCUACCGACCCUAUUAAUAAAUAAACACACACAACAACCUAAUACAGUUGCGUUUGGCUGCACUAGAACGGAAAAAAGAGAAGCGGAAACUACACGGAAGAAUAUCCUUCCGCGCAGACCGAUUUAAUUUCUACUGUUCCGUCGAUUACGUUAUCGCGUCCGAAGCUUGAUUUCGACGUGCAAGGAAGAACCUGACCGCUAUAGUAAUCGAGAAAUGAUAUUAUUAGUGGUGAUAUAUCGUGAAAGAUUUUACGAACAAGCUCGUCAAAAAAUUCGUACGCGCAAUAUCGUAUAUUUUGAGCCAGGAGACAAGGACGAAAAGGAUGAGGAGUACGGUAAAUGCAGCGAGUAUGGAUGAAGAAGCUGAUCGAUUAAAAAAGUAUCGUAGUGAAUCAUUCUAUUUAUUUAGCGCCUAAUUUAUUUCGUAUCGAUCGUUUUGUUGACAAAGAAAGAGAAUACACGAAUAUAUAGAUAUACACUUAUAUAUUUAUGUACUGGACGCUCGUAACGUUGUUUCCUAUAUAGCUUUCUUUCCACAUGUGAAACAUAUAAGGAAAUGUUUGGGACAGAAGAAUUAACUUGUGUCUUAAAUUUUUCUACAUACUUUUCAUGUCUCGUGGGAAAGAAAGACUGGAAAAUAAUUGCGCGAUCAUCCUGUAUAUUACGUACAUGGACGGAUCGUAUGCGUGGGAAGGAGUCAGGAAAAUCGCACUCGCUUUUGUUCGAGAUGACGAGGAGCAGAAGUUUCAUAGAAAAUCUAUGAACAAUGUUGGAUAGAGUCGUUGGACUAACAGACGUUUUUCUGCGAUAAUUUAGGGAGUUAACAUAAUUUAGUAAUUAAUAUCAUGACGACGAUGACGAUAUAAGAUUGAGCACUUAUACACAUUUGUGAGCUACGGCGAUUGAUUACGAUAACUAGGAUGAUGAAGUUGAAGAUUUAUGAUUAUUAUUAUAAUUAUGAUUAUGAUUACGAUUAUAUUAUUGCUGCUAUUAAUACUAUUACGGACGACGGCGACGCAUAGUUUCUAUUGUCUUAUAAACGUAAACGGAUUUAAUGUAGCGAUGUUGUUUGUUUUAUUCUUUCUCUUCUGAAACGCCUUGGUAAAUUAUUAUUCUCGCACAUAAUUAUACAAGACAUUCCACACUGAUUUAUUCUUGUUUUCUGUUAUCACUCUCUUUCUCUCUCUCUCUCUCUCUCUCUCUCUCUCUCUUUCUCUCUAAAUUUUCGAACUUUUAUAAUCCUUUUUAAAUGUCAAAAUUUUAUAAAGUAAAAAUUAUUGUCCUCUAUAGAUUAUAAAUUUCUCGGCUAUAAUUUGAUAAUUAAUCAAUUACGCAUUCGAGCAAAUUCUCCGUGAAGAAGAGGAAAUGCAAAACGCAGAGACACAGAACCGCGUGAGCAAUACGACUAAAUUCCUCUUGCAAACCGAAAAUAUCUUAAGCACGCGAGAGAAGCGACGAAAUUUCGCGUCCCACACGAAGUACUCUCGUAUUACUCUGUUUCCCACUGAACUUUCUCUUCCUGUUUCUUUCAUUUUUUUUAACCACCUAUGAAUUUUCUCGGACGAAAAAGGAAGGUCUCCUUCGUUAAAAAUAAUUACGAUUAAUUACUUGCCUUUACAAAAUUUAUCUUCGUGAUACAGUUCGCAUAAAUAAGAUCUUUUAGUUAUGAAAUUAGAGUAUUUGAAUGAUCACAAGGAAAGACGCAUACUCCUUCGUUUUUCACAUCCUUGAUAAACAUGAGAACAAACAAAUGACAACUUACUUUCCAGCAGAUUUCGCGUUCUCGUUGCGCCAGGGGCUGAAAAACAAGGUUUAAACUAUUGACAGUGAGACAGACGCGUAACUUGGAGCACAACCCGAUCGAUCUUCGUGCUUCACGCUCAUCGGACGGAAUUAAUAAAUCGAGACUACGAUUUAAUUAUCGAGUCUUCGGACCAUGUUUACCUCGCGACAUCGAAUCGACGUUAACAAUUAACGCAUUAAUCCUCGGUCAAUCGAAUCAUAAAAAUGAAGCACGAUGAUCUCUGCCGAUCGAGAUUCAUGUAUCUCAGGUGUCGCAAGACGUUGUUCAAAGACGAAAGUACACUGUUUUCACUGUUGGUUAAAAGUAGCCGAGAAAUAAAGUGAAUUUUCGUCUGGAGAUCCUCGGUGAUCGGAUCGCUGAUCACCUUGACAAACUGCCAUUUCAUGUUACUAAUUAAGUGAUCGUGAACGAACCGACGAACGCGUCAUGGGCUAUUGUUCUCUGUAUCGUGUCUAAUUCGUUUUCGGCUGACGAAAGAACUAAAAGAGAUAUCACCUUUUGCCUUGCCUUCGACGAGCACCGAGUCGACUUUUAGCACACCGACGAUCCGUAGCGAUCAGUCGUUGCGUAUGCCAUCUCUACUAACCGAUUUUUCGCACCCCACUUUUCCGGAGCGUGAUUCAUUUCUAAUAUAUACGUUUUCGAUCGAAGGGCCGCACGGCGAUUUCCGAGGAAUUCCCGGUAGCCAGUUAUAAUAUUUGUAUAGAGCAGCGCUUCUACGACCGAUCACGAUUUUUCGUUUCUCCAUUGAAGAAAUAGCGACGUGUAAUUUUUUGGAUUAAUUGUAAAGUAACGUGAUGUCAUUGCGAAGUACGAGGUUAAAUAAAUUAUUUGAAAACGUUA